ACUGAAUGAAUGGCGCCCCCGGGAGAAACGGACUGCGAUGGGCGGGGACAGUGAGGUUUCGGCAGGAAUCCUGCCGCCCGGCUAAGAAGGGAGACCGUGGCGGGGAGGCGAUGCUGGUCUCCGCCUUGGCUGGCAAAGAAGACCAUGUCGGAAAAGAUCCUCGUGACGGGUGGAGCUGGCUAUAUAGGGAGCCACUGCGUUCUGGAGCUGGUUGAGGCUGGCUAUACCCCGGUAGUUAUCGAUAACUUCCACAAUGCCAUACGAGGAGAAAAUAUGGUCCCGGAGAGUAUUCAGCGGGUGAUGGAGAUUGUGGGAAAGGAGAUCCCAUUCCAGGAACUGGAUGUUCUUGACGAGAAGGGCCUUCAGGAGCUCUUCAAAAAGCAUCACUUUUCUGCAGUGAUACAUUUUGCGGGUCUUAAAGCCGUUGGAGAGUCUGUUCAGAUGCCACUGGAAUAUUACAAGGUGAAUCUGACAGGAAGCAUCCGGUUGCUGGAGACCAUGAAAGCCCACGGAGUCAGGAACAUAGUCUUCAGCAGUUCAGCCACAGUCUAUGGAGACCCUGUUUACCUCCCUCUUGACGAGAAGCACCCAGUCGGCAGCUGCACCAACCCCUACGGCAAAUCCAAGUAUUUCAUUGAGGAGAUGAUCCAAGAUUUGUGCAAGGCGGAACCAGAGUGGAACGCUGUUCUCUUGCGAUAUUUUAACCCUAUUGGAGCUCACAAGUCCGGAAAAAUUGGAGAAGACCCCCAGGGCAUCCCAAACAAUCUGAUGCCUUAUGUUGCCCAGGUGGCUGUGGGGCGCAGAGAGCAUCUGAAAGUCUUUGGGAAUGAUUAUGACACAGUGGAUGGGACAGGCAUUCGGGAUUAUAUCCAUGUAACUGAUCUGGCAAAGGGCCAUAUUGCAGCCUUGCAGAAGCUCAAGGAGAACUGUGGAUGCAAGAUUUACAACCUUGGGACUGGUAUUGGCUACUCGGUCUUGCAGAUGGUCAAAGCCAUGGAGAAGGCAUCUGGGAGACAGAUAAACUACAAGAUCGUUGAACGUCGAGAAGGGGACGUAGCCUCUUGUUAUGCAAAUCCUGGUUUAGCUGAGCGGGAGCUGGGUUGGAAAGCUAUCUUUGGCCUGGACAAAAUGUGUGAGGACUUAUGGCGGUGGCAGUCACAGAAUCCCAUCGGUUUCAGCAAGAACUAGGAGAUGGAAGAUGCUGCUUGUUCUACUCACGUACAACCACUGGCACACUGGUCCAGGGCUGACUAGUUUUGAAAAAGGAAGCUGGUCCAUGCUUCUUUCCUUUUUGGAACCGACUCAUCACACCAGAUGAGGAUGCCAUUGCCCUCUUUAAGUUGCCUCUUCUCUUCUCCUCAUCCUAUCUCUCUGCCAGAAAGAAACUCAAGGAGUCUUUUUUACUGACUGAGGGGACGUGUUUUUUUACUGAAUUAGGAGCAGCGGGACACCUAGCUGCAUGUCACAGGAGGACAAAAUCCAAACGUUUCUCUAUAGCCUGGUUGGCUUUGGGGGGGGGGAUUUAAUCCACAACUCUUUGGUUUCAAGAGACGAGAGCUGUUUAGGGUUAAGAGAGCAAGAUUUCAGAGACCUGGUUCUUUCAUUUGAGUGGAAGAGCCAAGAUACAGAAAUGGUUAAAAAAAAAAAAAACUAAGCCUGACGGUGGUGAAGUUGGUUUUGUCAUUAUCUCCACUCCUUUUUCUAAAGUAUAAAAACCGUACGCUCAUUAUUUUGAGCAAAAUAAUAGAAAUGGAAGUAUCUCUUUAAGCUGUAAAUUUUAACAUUGCUCAGACGACAGUCCAAAAGCUGUUGGGCUGGUUGGUCUUUAAAACAGACAUCACAGAUUCUUAGUGAACCUUUUAAGUUCUUCUGGAUAGUGAUACAGCUAAAGGCACUACAUGCAGUGAUAUGUCUAAUAUCUUGAAAAGAGAUGCUUUAAGAUACUACAUUGAUAGUACAUUGGGAAAAAAAACUGAAGAGCAUAAUGGUCUGCCAGCAAGGUAGCUAGACAGUAUAGUCCUUGUCAUGACGAUCAUGGAGCCUCUCAUUGUAGUCAUAAUUCGUGACAGCCAUAAAGCAUCAAUUUUACUACUUUUUUGUGGUUCGCCAAUGGUUCACUAUGGGCACGGUUUUGCUGAAAGCCAUCAGGUCGUGUGACCUAGGGAUGUUGCAGGUGGCCAUAAAUGUGGCCCGGUUGCCAAGCAUCUGAAGAACAGUCACAUGAUUAGAAAUUGAGGGGAGGGAAUAGACCUGACCAUCAUAGCUUCAAAUCCAGGUCGGAAGUGCCUUCCCCGCAGUAGGUCCGUCAUAACUUCAAACUGUCACUAAGUGACCAGUCGUGAGCGGAGGACUACUUAUAAAAGAAGAUGCUCUGCAUGAUCAAGGGACUCAAAUGAUUAGAUACUGUGACUGUUGGUGCAGAAUUUAAACUGAAUUCAGAUUCUUCUGCCAACAGCAUCAGCCAGGUCCUUAUAACAAAGCUGGUGAAAAAUCAAAGCUCUUGAAAUACAAUAUAUCUUGAGUUUAGCAUUUCAGUUAAGGUUCAAAGGCCUAUCAAACUAGACAAGGCAGUGGCAGCUAUGAAAGUUUGACACAGCAUCUCCAAAAUAACUUUUAGCAGAGAGCAGAGAGGGAGAGACUGCUUGUAAGAGGUGGAGAGUGGUGGGCUACAAGACCAUUCCAGUACUCGUUGCUGUGAAAGUAUCUGCUCAUGUUGCAAAUAUAAGACUUCAGACGGGUGUGCUCUUUAAAACAAUUACAGUAGAAUUGCUUUUGCCCACUUCCAUUUUAUGAUGUAGGGACAAUGUGCUUCUACUGCAAAUCACUACCUCUUUCCUUGGCUGUAUAAAUGACUUCAUUAUGCAGGUUGAAGCUAUUUACAGGUUUGUUUUGAUACGUUGAAAAUGAUCUAAAUCAGUCUCCCAUCUUGUGUCCAAUGGAAGCCACUAUUUUAGGCUCUGAAUCAAUGCCCAUCUCUUUACAAACAGCAUUUAGUGCAGCCUAAGGAAUCUUGCUCUGUCUGGUUACCAUUUUUUGUUUAGCUUCUUAUGCCAAUUUGAGUUUGCAGUGUAAGGACAAAUUUUAUUUUAAUUUUCAUACCGCAAACAACUUGGUCAAAAUCAUGUUACGAUAAAUCAUGAUUAUCCACUAAGGAAGUGACUAGAUUUCCUUCACAGUUUUUCCCCACCCAUUCUUGCAUAUCCAAUGAAAUUCCAGUCUUUGUGUUAACCCAAAAGAACAAAUGACAAACAUUUGUGGAAUUUGCAAGGGCAAGAUGGAACAACUCUAUCUGCUUGGCCAUAAAUUAUCUUUUUUUUUUUUUUUGCAUUCCUGCGCCAUUCCUCCAUUAAAAGCUACUUUGAUUUUU